CACCUGGCGAGCUGUAUUUCCCCGCCGCGCAUGGUGCCUCCUUGCCUUUGCUCAUCUCUAUCGGCAAUCUCGCUCGAUUCCGAUUUGCUUCCCUCGUAUCUGCUGGUUCCUUCCUCAAAGCACCCAAUGUCAUCGUCGUUUACAUCCUCGUUUCUUCGUUUGUCUGCUUCAUUCCAUUCAACCGUUUCCCGACUCGUCUAUCCACAGCAAGCAAGUCGCCGGCCAGUCCGCUUCCAAAGCCCAUGGACUCGUUUGCCAUCAUCACCAACCAUCACAAAGAGGCCCAGAGCUUCCGAAAGCAGUUUCCGCCCUCCAGCAACCAAUUCCCAACCUCCGAGCAGGUCGAGCAGAUCAAGCAGGCCGGGCUCAUCGACGCAUACCAGCUCAUCACCGAUCCCGCCUUCUUGGACGUCAGCUUCUAUAGCUUCGACCAGGUGGUCUUCUCGGCCAGUGACCAGGAUCGCACUUGUAUUAGCCGGUGUCCCCUGAUGCCCCUGCCGGGCCAUGUCUACUGCUACUUUGAGGCCGAGGUGGUCAUGCCGGACGACCUGCCCCUCGACGCAGCGAUUUCGAUCGGGCUGGUGGCCAAUCCAUAUCCCCUGUUCCGGUUGGCCGGCGCCGACCCGUCGUCAACCAGCUACGUUCGAAACGGAGAGAUUCUCUCGAACGGAACGUUCAUGCGAAGAGGACUCCCAACUUUCACCACCCGGACGACCGUCGGCUGCGGAUACGACCCAGAGCUUGGACUGGUGUUCUUCACCAACAACGGCCGACUCGUGUCGUACUUCCUCUGUCCGGACCAGCGGGCUUAUCAUGCAGCCGUCAGUGCCAACCAGCCGUGUGUUUUGCAAGUCAACUUUGGCAUGAACCCGUUCUGCUACAAUCUCAAGGAUGAGCUCAUGGCCAGGAUGGUUGACAAGCCGCCCAGUUAUGACGCUGCCAUGUCCCAGCCCCAGUGAACCUGAAUGCAAAUGUAUCUGAACCUCUGCGACUCCAUCCCUUCAAAGAGCGACCCUCGGGCCCUCCGCAGUGCCUGCAUUCCAGAGCCCGUUGUCGUCAAAGUCU